UGCGCUCGCCCCUACCCCCCACCCCUCAACCCCCAAUGUGCUUCUGUCCCCGGAGGAGCCAUGACGGCGGCAUGACCUCGGAGGAUGGAGCCUCUCCCCCGGGCCUCCUGCAGCCCUGGAAGCUGGUCUUCGGGCCGAGGGCUGGGCCGCGGCCGGGCCGCCCGCCUCCCAACGGCCUCUACAUCGUGGCCACCGUGGCGGUGUGGCUGGCCACCGGGACCAGCAUGUCCAGCCUCAACAAGUGGAUCUUUACCGUUCACGGCUUCCGCUACCCAUUGGUGUUGUCCGCCCUGCACAUGCUGACGGCCGUGCUGGUGGGCUACCCUCUGGCCCGGCUCCGAGCCCACGGGCCCCUCCGGGCCCAAGCCAAGAGGAGGAUCUUCCUCCUCAGCCUGACCUUCUGCGCCACCAUGGCCUGCGGAAACCUGGGCCUGAGCUACGUGCAGCUGGACUUUGCCCAGAUGGUCUACACCACCACCCCGCUCUUCACCCUGGCCCUGUCCAAGGUGCUGUUGGGGAGACGCCACCACCCCUUGCAGUACGCGGCCAUGGGGCCCAUUUGCUUGGGGGCCGCCUUCAGCAUCGUCGGCGAGCUUCACUUCCACCAAGCUGGCUGCUGCUUCCUUUUCGCCGCCACUUUCCUCCGGGGACUCAAAUCCGUGCAGCAGAGUGUCCUCCUGCAGGAAGAGAAACUCGAUUCCGUCACGCUGCUCUACCUGACGUCCGUUCCCAGCUUCUGCGUCCUCCUGGCCGCGGCCCUGGUGCUGGAGGCCGGGGCCUGGGCCACCCCUCUCCCCAACCACCAGCAGCUCUGGCUCUUCAUCCUCCUCAGCUGCCUGGUCUCGGUGUUCUAUAACCUGGCCAGCUUCUCCCUCCUGGCUCUCACCUCCGCCCUCACCAUCCACGUCCUGGGCAACUUCAACGUGGUGGGCAACUUGGUCCUGUCCUGGCUGCUGUUCGGCAGCCACCUGAGUGCCCUCAGCUACGUGGGUAUCCUCCUCACCCUGUCGGGGAUGUUCAUCUACCACAACUGUGAGGUCCUGGCCGGCUUCUGGGAGGCCAGGUGGGGACCCCGGCUGGACAGGGACAAGGCCAUGUGAGCCUGCCUCGGGGGCUGCCAUUCCCCCCGGAAAACCCCUGAGGAUGUUUACAGAGGUAACGCACCGAGCGACCCUCUCUUGUCUUGGACAAGUGUGUGCGUGUGUGCAUCGGAUGUGCCCCAAUGUGUAGCUUCUCCUCUCGGUGUGGGUGGUACGAGUGGGUGCGUGUGUAUAUGUGUAGGGCACGUACGUGCGUACUCGUGUGUGAAUGAACGUGAAGCCGUGUGUAUUUGAGGAGGCACUCCUGUGUGUCAUCACUGUGAGUGCCCGUUGGCACACAUGAAACGGUUCCUCUGUGUUUGUACGGGAACGAAUGAACGAAUACCAUCCGUGCUCUGCUCUUGACGGAGCACGUCCGUCCUCCUGCUGGGUUUCUCCGAUCCCGCCACAGCCCCCUCUCCGGGACCGUCCCCCUUAGUAGGGCUCUGAAACUUCUGCUUGCCAAGCCGGAAUCGGAAGGGCUGCCUGCCGGGGUGAGCCGGGAGGUCCGUGGUAUUAAUGGGAUCCAAUAAGCUGGUGAGAGGCCGGGACUGUUGCUCGUUGGAAUAGCAUUGCCCACCGGGAUCCAUUGCCCAGCGGAAUAAGCCUAGCCCCCCAAUCCAACCGGGACAUGGAGAGGGCAGGGUGGAGAAGAUGGCGCUGCCCUGGCUUGGGAAUCGCAGUUCCUACUCUGUAUGGCCAGACCCCUCACCGACUUGCCGAGUGACACUGGACGAAUGAUGUCCCUCCUCUGGGCUUCAGUUUUCCCAUCUGUAAAAGGGGAAGAAUCGUACUGUCCCCCUCUCCGCCUCACAGGGAUGUUGUGAGGACUCGCAGGGAUGUUGUGAGGAUUAGAUCGUGUUCGCAAGGAAUCGUCGGCCCCUCCGGUGACAGGGGCGGUGUAAAUACCAAUGUAUUGUUAUUAUUAUUGCCAAUAAUAAUAAUUCUCAUCAUCACAUU